CCUUCGGCGUGCGGAGGUGUCGGCGGCGUUUCGGUUGCCAUCUGCGGGAGGAUUACGUCGGCCCGUCUCGUGAAAGAAGCAGCAGAGCUGGACUGGGCUGGCCGGCUGCGGCUCCUUUGGGCCGCGAACAACUUACGUCCGAUAGAAGCAAGGAAACAAAGUUUGAAACCUUUCGACGACCGACAGUGUGUGUAUGUGAUCGGUGACUCCAAAAACCAGGACUUUUAUAGCCGGCUCGGACCAUGGGUGCCGGGAUUUUGGUGCCGGCAUGUGGUACUUCUUGUUGGGCUGUCGUGGUCCCAGUCCUCCUCCUAGCGGCGUCACUGUGGAUGGAAGCAGAGUGCAGAGGGGACAUGAGGCCCCCAAGACCGAAAAAUAAAGGCCUUUACCCAUCAGAGUUUAAUUUGGCCAGCAACGCGGGCAUCACGGUAAAUGCGACGUGUGGUGAAACGGGCCCUGACAACUACUGCAAGCUUGUUGAGCACACAUACAAUAGAGAACCGCAGUGUGGAGAGUGCGACGCCACGAGCCGCUAUGCGGACCGGAGGCACCCUAUCCAGUACGCCAUCGAUGGCAGCAACCGCUGGUGGCAGAGCCCAUCCCUGCAGCACGGCCGCAAGUACCAGUGGGUCACUAUCACCCUCGACCUCAAGCAGGUUUUUCAAGUGACCUAUAUUAUCGUCAAGUCUGCCAUCUCACCCCGGCCUGGAAACUGGAUUCUGGAGCGCUCCAUCGAUGGAGUGUUUUACCGGCCGUGGCAGUACUACGCCGUGUCGGAUGGCGAAUGCUGGGAGGCGUACGGCAUAGCGCCCACUCCGGGACAGCCCGUCUACAAGACUGAUGACGAAGUGAUUUGCACCUCUUACUACUCUGCGAUUACUCCGUUUGAAGAUGGAGAGAUUCACACAUCACUCAUUACUGGAAGGCCGGGCGCUGAGGAGUUUAGCGAGAAAUUGAUGGACUUCACCAAAGCCCGGUAUGUCAGACUGCGACUGCAACGCAUACGCACUCUGAACGCUGACCUCAUGAGCUUCCAGGCUAACGGUGACUCGGACAAGCUGGACAAAUCUGUUGCCAGACGGUACUUCUACUCCAUCAAGGAUAUAUCGAUUGGAGGACAGUGUGUCUGCUCAGGACAUGCCAAGGAGUGUCCAUCUAAAGGAUCUGGUGGAGAGCUGCAGUGUCGCUGCGAGCACAACACGUGUGGCGCUAGCUGCGAGCGCUGUUGCCCUCUGUUCAACCAGCAACCAUGGAGGAUGGGCACGGCUGGUGACGCGGCAGAGUGCGAAGAGUGCGAGUGCUUUGGACAUGCCAAAUCUUGCGUGUACGACGCCGAAGUGGCGAAAAGCGGCACCAGUCUAAACAAGUUCGGAGAGUACGACGGUGGCGGAGUCUGCCAGAACUGCUCGCAUAACACUGCCGGCAUCAACUGCGAACGUUGCGAAGACGGUUACUUCCGCCCUCGGGGCGUGCCGAGGGACCAUCGCAAUCCAUGCCGCAAGUGCUCCUGCUCCGGACCUGGCACCACAGGAAGCUGCAUCGGGGAUGACUCGCAUGUUCACGAGGGACUGAGUCCUGGAGACUGUAUCUGCCGCGAGGGUUUCACAGGGCCCAAGUGUGACCAGUGCAAGCGUGGCUAUCGAAACUACCCACGCUGUGAGGCUUGCCCGUGCCACUACGCGGGGACCGUGAACCCAGACCAAUGCGACGGCCCUUGCCAGUGCAAGAAACAUGUCGAGGGCGAUCGGUGUGACCAAUGCGCACACGGCUACUACGACUUGUCGGAGACCAACCCAGAGGGUUGCUCGUCUUGCUUCUGUUUUGGAGUGACGAGCGUGUGUCGACCGAGCAACUGGGGAAUUGAAACUGUUAAGCAGCCCGACACCUGGACGAUUACCAACCUGCACGGCAGCCGAACAGUUCGGCCAACUCCCGAGAACGGACACCUCACCAUUGCGAAUGAUGACGUCAAUUGGAACAUGUAUUACUGGCAAGCACCUGAGGAAUACCUUGGAAACAAUCUUUACUCAUACGGAGGAAAUCUCAAGUUUAUGCUCAGCUAUGUGGUGGCCCGCGGUGACACUUCGGGAUCCUACGUGGAAGGCUCGGAUGUCAUAAUUGAAGGUGACGGGAAGCGGCUCGGCUACAACUGGAGCCUGCGGCCGAGCCCAGACAAUGUGACCAUCGCUGUUCCGCUUCGCGAGCACGGCUGGCACUUGCUGGACGACAAAGGACGCCCUCUGAGGCCGGUGUCGCGCGAGGAGUUCACGCUCGCAUUAAACGACAUGGAAAGACUGCUCCUCAGGGCGAAGUACCACUCUGACCAGAUUGAAGGAGCCAUGCAUCACGUAGAUCUUCCCAAGGCAUCCAAGACGUCGGGAACCGUGAACAAGAUGACAUCGGUUGAGAUGUGUCAGUGCCCGGUUGGCUAUGCUGGCCUCUCCUGCGAGCUGUGUGCCCCCGGCUAUCGUCGUGUCAACAACACCUUGCUCGGCGGGCGCUGCGAAAAAUGUGACUGCAACAACCACGCCGACUCGUGCGAUCCUUACACUGGGAAAUGCGACGAAUGUCUGCACAACACGACAGGUCCCAACUGCAAUGAGUGCUUGCCAGGUUUCUAUGGCAAUGCAGUGCUGGGCUUUCCAGAUGAUUGCAAGCCAUGCAGCUGCCCUCCCGGGGCCAGUCUGGACGACCUGCCCUCCGAGUGCCGAACGAUUGUCACCCCAGCCGGAGAGAGUGACUACAUUUGCCUUGAAUGCCCACCAAACCAUGCUGGCAACAAAUGCGAAAGGUGCGCAGAUGGCUUUUUUGGAAAUCCCGCCAUUCCCGGCGAACCGUGUCGGCCAUGUCGAUGCGGUCCCAACGCGGACACGUCGGUUCCUGGCUACUGUGACCACCGCACUGGCCGCUGCUUGCGUUGCCGUGGAAACACGGGUGGCUGGAACUGUCUCGAAUGCCUGGAUGGCUAUUUCGGAAACCCGGCCACUGGAGACUGCCGACCUUGUGACUGCAGCGUGACAGGCUCUGUCAGCCAGGUGUGCAACAAGACAAUUGGACAGUGUCCCUGCAAGCCCAGCUUCUCGGGACGUACGUGUGAUAGGUGUCAGGAUGGUUUCGGAGGUGCGGAGCGUGGCUGUGCCCCCUGCCGUUGCAACCUUCAGGGUUCGGUCUCCGAGCGCUGCGACCCGAUCACUGGCAACUGCAUCUGUCGGCCUGGGGUGUUUGGCACCCUCUGCGAUUCCUGCCUUGAAGGACACUACGGCUUCUCUCUACAUCUGGACGGCUGCAAAUGGUGUGGCUGUGACCCUCACGGAUCCCUGAGUCCCGAGUGCGAUGAAAACACUGGGCAGUGCCCUUGCAAACCCAACGUUGUUGGCCGUACCUGUGAUCGGUGUAAGCCUGGAUACUGGAACCUGGCAUCGCCUGGUGGAUGCGAACCCUGUCACUGCAAUACGACCGGCUCCGUAAGCAUGCAGUGCGACGACAGGACUGGCCAGUGUCCAUGCAAGCCUGGUGUUGGAGGAAUCGCCUGCGAUGUCUGCUUGCCAGGAUACUUCCGGUUCUCCCAUCACGGCUGCAGAGCUUGCGAGCCGUGCGAAGCACCUGGGCACGUCUGUGAUGAGGAGACGGGCCGUUGCAUCUGCCCCAAGAACACGGGUGGUCCACGGUGCAACCGCUGCAACACCGGUGCCUGGGGUUACCACCCAGUCGACGGCUGCAAGCUUUGCAACUGCAACAAGCUGGGUUCCCUGAGCCCGAACUGUGACGAGAACACAGGCCAGUGCCAGUGCUUGGAGGGAUUCAAAGGACAGCACUGCGACCACUGCAGGCCAGGCUAUUACAACUUCCCCAACUGCCAGCGUUGCGACUGCCACCCGGCCGGCACGGACCCCAGCGCCUGUCACCAUGGUGUCUGCCAGUGCGACGAGAGAGGCCAGUGCCCAUGCAAGGUGAACGCUGAAGGACGCCGCUGCGACCGGUGCCGAGACCGGACCUUCUCGUUGCUGGAGAGCAACCCUCGAGGAUGCACGGAGUGCUUCAUGUUUGGCCGGGCCGAGCAAUGCACGCAGGCCAAUCUGGUCUGGGGAGUGAUCCGAGCUCCACCAAGGGACAUAACUCUCACACCUGGUGAACCGGAGUUCGACCGAGUGCACCGGUACAAGGUUAUCCCCGGUACUCACCCUGGUUCGACUCUCUUGCCGGCGCCGUACGUCCUGGACCAACCGCUGUACUGGUCCUUGCCUGAACCGUUCCUUGGAGAUAAGAUCCUCGCCUACAACGGAAAGCUGAAGUUCACGGUCGAGAGCGACGCCCAGGAUGUCUUUCCCGAUGCAAUGCUUCGCCAGUACCCCUUGGUGUUCCUCCAAGGGAACCACCGCAUUCUCCUGGGUUUCCACCCACACAUGCUGUCGCCCAACGGUGCCUACAUUGUUCCCAUUCACGAGGACGCUUUUUAUCAAGUGGACAACCCUCAGGUCCCUGUGACUCGGGCGAUGCUCAUGGUUGCCCUCCAGAAUGUCCAGAGAAUUCUGAUCAGAGCCAAUGACGGGCCGGAUGUCAAGUUUGCCAGCCUGAAGGAUGUCUCGCUUGAGAUCGCUCGACCACCGGAACACGGUGAAGUGACUCCCUACAUGGCGUACGGCGUUGAGCAGGGGAGGUGUCCGAUCCAGUACACAGGAAGUUCUUGUCAGGACCCUAACGAAGGUUACUACCGCAAGUUCAAGCAUAACUACCUCAACAGCCGAGACAUUCUCGAUUUGGUUGGCUGGGCCGAACCCUGCGACUGCAACAACCGCACCCGCACGUGCCACAAGGAAACUGGAGUUUGCAUCAACUGUGGUGGCAACACUGUGGGUGACCACUGCGAACGCUGCGCCGAGGGAUUCUUUGGAACGCCUUCGCGCGGACCAUGCCUGCCCUGUGCCUGCCCACUUCCCACAAACAGCUUCAGCAGCACGUGCCAGACGCAUGGGCCGGACUACAUUUGUACGGACUGCCAGGAGGGAUACACCGGAAGACGUUGUGAGAGGUGUGCAGACGGUUUCUUUGGGAACCCACUGGUGGACGGAGGCCGAUGUGAGAGGUGCGAGUGCAACCCUUACGGAUCACAAGGUCAUCGCUGUGACCACAUGACCGGAGCGUGCCACUGCUUGCCUGGUAUCACCGGUCGCGACUGCUCUAUCUGUCCGGGCCGGCACAUCCUCACCGAGUACGGCUGCAAAUCCUGCGACGAUGACUGCACGGGACGUCUUCUCGACGAAGUGGAGCACAUGCUGGCACUGCUCAACAGGUUGAACACCACCGACAUCAUCUCUGCACCCUGGAUUCACUUGCUCGCCAUUCAGGAGAACUCUCGCGUGAUGAGGACCGACCUCGACAACUACCUCCACCUCGUCGACAGUGGCAACCAAGUUCUGUCCAACUUUUCGUUCCACUUCAACUUGGAGACGCAAGCGGAAAUCUUGUUUGAAAGGUCCAAAGACAUGGUGCGUACUCUACCUGGAGUCGCGCAUGAUGUCAGCCACCUGCUGCUAAAGGCCAGAGAACUGCUCGAGCUUGUGAACAAGUACUAUCAGGAAAUUAAGGCUGCCGUGGAGUACUUGAAGCAGCAAGGCUGGCACAGUGGGACAGCCACUGGCAUCGAUCGCCUCGUCGAAGAAGCGCAGCGAAUCCUGUUGGAGCUGCAAAGGCGCAACUUUGAUCGUCCCAUGGACGAGUCAAACAGGGAGAACAGGAAGGCUCACCAGCUGCUCGAGAGAGUGAAGAACCUGGUCCUCAACCUGCAAGAGGUGGGCGACAUGGCCGAACGACUGGAUCGCAUCGAGCAGCUGCUCAGCGAAAUGGUGCGCCGAAUCCAAAACGAGGUGCAGAACCCGACGGCCAGAGCAUUGGACCUCUUGGAGAGGGAGCUGCAGACCCUUCAGUCAAUUCAGCAUUUCAUUGGUGGAAGCCAGGAUGGAGCCGGCAGAGCCAAUGCCUCGCUGGUUGAGGCCAGAGAAUGGCUGAGGAAGGCCCGAGAUGCGAUUAUCGACGCUGCCUUCAAGUUUGACGAGCUGCCCCGACUGCUUAUCGAAAUUUCUAAUGCGACCGAUGCGCUUGAGGAACGGCGUGGCACUCUCGACCGUCUGAACCCGGAAUACCGGGACAAAUACGUCUCGGGGUGUAAACGACAUGCCGACGAAAUGGGCAUCCACGUUGGCGCGCUUGCGGACCAGUUCAGGACAACACAAGAGGUGUCUGAGUACCCGCUGCGAGCUGCCCGCGUCUACCAGAACAUCGUCGAUGCUCUUCACGAUGCUGAGGAAGCUGCUCGCAAGGCAGCUGACGCAGCUGACAGAGCUUUUGAUGAGGCAUACCCGCGGACUGGCGACAGCCUCACGCACCAAGCCGAAAGCGCGAGGGAGCGUAGCGAGGAUCUGCUGAGACAAGCAAAACAGCUCAGAGAUGAAGACAUACCAGAGCUGCAGUACACGAUGCGCGUCACGAAGGGCCGGCUCAAGGGUCUCGGCGAAGACAUCGAAGACGGAAACCAAGCCGUAGCAACCAUCAACCGAGAGCUGGACCGCCUUCCGACCGACAUAUCCGGUCCGCUGGACGAUGCACUCCGCGAAGCCGAUCGUGCGGACGGUAAACAGAAGGGGGCUAACAAUUUUGUGGACGGAAUUGUUGGACGCCUGCCGGGCUUGAUAGCCAAAGUGGAAACUCUGAAGACUGGCUCUGCCGAAGGACUUGACAACCUGACGCGCCUCAUUGACGAAGCACAUCGGGGCAUCAAACAAGCCGAUCAACUGGCCAGUCGCUCUGAGCAGUCCGCAGCACGUGCUCGACAGGCCCACAACAUGCUGCAGCUCAACCUGAAGGAACUUCGGGACAAGAUUCUCCUGGCUAGACAGCGGGCUUCGAGCAUCCGAGUGUCACUGAGUGCCGACUCGAAUGACCAGUGUUCGCGGUCAUUCAAGCCCGAGAUUGAGUCAACCAUGACCAACAGCAUCAUACUCAACUAUGCCAUCAAGGAAGAUGAUCAGAACAGCUUGCUGUUCUUCUUGGCUAACUCUAAAGGAAAGGAUGACUUUAUGGCCAUCGAAAUGGUGAACCGAAAGAUCAAGUUCUCGUGGAACGCCGGGGGAGGCACGCACAGUAUCACACACAGCAUGCACAUUGAGACCAACGACCCGCAGCUCGGACGAGACUCGAACUGGUACAAGGUGGAGGUGUUCAGAGUUGGCAACGUGGCGACACUUAGCGUCAAGCGUAAACCCGAUGGCGCACGCGAUGAUCCUGAAGAGAUCACGGGGGCUGCACCGGCUGGAUUUGGCAAGAUGGAUUUGGACUCCAGCUCCUACUUCUACGUUGGCGCAGUGCCUGACAACAUUUCAGCUGCGCAAGAGCUAACCGCAACGACUUUUGUGGGCUGUCUGCACGAAGUAAUCCUGGACGGCAAGCAAGUCGGCCUUUGGAACUUCCUCACAAACGAAGGCUGUGACGGUUGCAAAUCGGGGCCUACCGAGGACGUGGACCCGAGCGCGUUCCACUUCAAAGGCGAGGGCUACUCCAUCCUGCCCCAGAUACGUCGCUACCAGAGCAACAGUUACUACAUCUCUUUGCUCAUCAAGACUUUCGAUGAAGAUGCGCUGCUGUUCAUCUCUCCGAACCCUGCAACAGGUGAAUUCGUGUCACUGGGACUUCGAGGUGGCCACGUGGUGUUCCAGUUCAAGAUGAGCAACAGUGCGCCCAUGGAGUUGCGCACCAAGCGAAGGUACAACAGCGGGAACUGGACCCGCGUGAUUGCCGAGCGUGACAAGCAGGAAGGCGUCCUCUCUGUGGAAGAUGAGCUGCUCCAGGGACAGCUGCCAAGGCGCAGUUCGAAUGAACUUCAACUGCAGCGCAGCAAGCUCUACUUCGGUGCUGUCCCACCAGACUUCGACACGUCCAAGUUCAGCACUGUAGGGUUCCAGAACUUCAUAGGUUGCAUGAAAAACCCCCAGGUUGAGACAACAACCCUGGACUUGCUGAAAUAUGAAGCUUACGGCGUGGACCCUGGCUGCAGUGAAAAGAAGGUGAAGUUGGUGAGCUUCAAAGGUACGGGCUACCUGGAGCUCAAGGGAAAGACUCUGGCCGCAGAAGGGAAUUUCGGAUUCACCUUCCAGUCGAUGCAGACGGAUGGCCUCAUCAUGAUCUCAACAUUCUCGGGAGUUCGGGGUGCCGACAGCAAAAGAGACCACUACUAUUCAGUGGCCCUGAAGGAUGGUCACAUUGAGCUACGCCUGAACGGCGGUGCUGGGGAAGUAGCCUCGCGUUCGGAACAACGCUACAACGACAACAAGUUCCACACCAUUACCAUCAUCAAGAGGCAUCGAAAAAUUCAGGUGAACGUGGACGACACUGAAAUAGACAGCCUGCGAUUGCCAAAGGGUACGGGCGACAUCGAGGGCCCCGGCAUGGGAGGCCUCUUCUUUGGCGGCGUACGGAGUGGCAUUGCCAUUGGGGACCAGGCGGCAACCCGAGACCACUUUAUCGGCACCAUCAAGGACGCUGUCUUCAACGACGUACUCCUGGGCUUCAACUUCCCGGUGUCGCACGAGGGAGCCGGCAUCGGGCGGCUGCUGAAGCGCCCGCGUCCCAUGCCACCCGAGCAUGACCGGAUGGCCGUCCUCACGGAACAACAACUCGACCAGUGCUCGGAGAAGCCGCCACACGACUUGGACGACAAGGCCUUCAAGUUCGGGGACACCCUGAACAGUCACGUGGAGUUGCAGAAUGUCAUCGAGUUCAGAUAUGAUUUUAAUGUGAGCCUGGAGCUGCGGACCUACUACCCCAACGGGGUGCUGCUGCUGGCUCAAGCUGGAUCCUACAGUCGACAGUUUUCUCUCGUCCUGUCCGGAGGCCGAGUGCUACUUGAGGUCACCGACAGGGGGAUGCAGAAGAAACUCCACAGCCACGGUGGACUUAACGACGGCCACUGGCAUCACGUCGGCCUUUCGAAGGAAGGCUCCCGACUGAUUCUGUCCGUGGAUGACAAGGCGGCGUUGAAGUUGCAGGUGCACAGGCGGAUGCCCUUCCGCGGCCCGCUCUAUGUCGGCGGCAUUGCGUCAGGCCUCCCCGUCCCUGAAGAACUUGUAAAGGAGAGCUUCAAGGGUUGCAUCCGAAACUUCAACGUCAACAGCAGAAGUGUGGACUUGGCCAGCGGAAAGUCGCAAGGUGUCGGACAGUGCUUUGCCAACAUUGAGCUCGGAGCAUUCUUCCAGGGAGAUGCCUACGCUGUUUAUGACGAGCAGUUCAACGUCGACAAUAAGCUAGAAAUGCAGCUGGAGUUCCGGACAUGGAGACUGAACGGCGUGUUGAUGAGCUUGUCCGAGGGUUCGUACGGGGCACCUUCGUUGGCCAUGGAGCUCCUCGACGGCGAAGUGAUUGUGUCUGUGGACUUGGGCCGGAACGGCACGGGCCCCUUCCGCGCCCGCAAGAAGUUCGGCUCGCGCUUUGCCAUGUGCGACGGACAGUGGCACCAGCUGCGUGCGCACUUCUCGCACGAUGGGAUCUCGUUGCGCAUCGAUCGUGAUCACGUGACAUACGGCCUGGCACCGAUGACGCCUGCAGAACCACACACCGAAAGCCCUCUCUACAUUGGUGGCCUACCGGAGGGCAGCAGCAACGAUGCUCUGUUCGGCCGAGACAACUUUGUCGGCUGUCUCCGCAACCUGGCCAUCAACGAUAAGCGCAUAGACUGGAUCGACAUGGCUUCCCUGCACAACGUACUGCCCAACUCGUGCCCUGCCAAAUGAGCGUGCAAUCUCGCGUACGCUGCCUUUACUGCCACUUAUUUAUUCAUUCUUAUGUCGGCCGUGUUAACUAACCCCUUCCGUGUGUAGACUGAGCUCGGUUUGCCUGCACAAUCUGUCGGGCUGAUUACUCACAUGGAUUCAUCUGGAUGAUUGCAAUAUCUACAGUAGCACGCUUCACGUGCAGAACAGAACAUACGCACGUCUUACGGAGAUCUCUUGCACAAAUACUUGUGAAAACAAGGCCAUAAACAAAUGCAUUUGAAAACGGGGGGUCCCCCCCAAAGAAUGAUGAUUGAGGCCAUGGCGAUUGAGGCCAAAGUGUUCUUGCUCUGGGAGUUUGUGUGUGAGGUGGAAAAAUUCGUUGUCUCAUGAGAUCUCCGACCCUAAACCCAACCAUUUGUGAGUUCAGUGGGCCAACCUGCAGUGAAUGCCCACGUUUUCAUUCGGGGUUAUUCCUACAUAUAGGAAUUGCCCUGCCAGUCUGAUGCAGCGAACACAGGGAUUAUUGCCACUUUAUGCUGGUGAAAUGAAAUCCAAAUGACAUUUUAGGUAGACAUAGUUUCUCAGCGUCACCAACUGCCAAUGUGGCAUGGCCUGUGGGCUCAUCUCGCACGUCCAGAAUUUGUAAACUUGAUUGUGUGACUAGUUGUAAUUGAACCUUCAGUGAUCAUAUCAUAACAUUUUUCUUGUGGGAUAAGUACAUAAGCAGCUUAGUAAAAAUUUGCAAAACUACACUGGAAUGUGUAUUGACGAUAUUCACUAGUGAGGCAUCAGCAUUAACACAAUAUUGUUUUUUUGUGAAUUGUACACGUGCUAUAUUGUUAAGGUUUUAAUUUGCCAAGUUUGAACCCCCACCCCCACCUUCGUUCAUAAAAAAAGACAUUUCCUGGGUGGUGUCAUCUUCAUAUGUGCAAGAGGCCUACAGCUUCGACAUUUCCUUAUUAUGACUUACUGCUUCUUUAUGAAUGUAUACUGCUUAAUUCUUUAUGACUAUAUUUUUUAGCAGGUUUAAAAAGUUAGUUUUGCGAUUGGCACUGAAAUGAGAACACGGAAGGGGUUAAAAUAGUGCACAGUGUUCACUAGAGCUCAUUAUACGCUUGUAACAUUGCAUUCCCGAAAAGCCUUCCAAGCUAGAACUUGCCAUUUUUGAAUAAAUAUUAGCUGAUCUUACGAUCCUUCCAAAAGCAAAAAUGCGCUCUAACAUUUAUAAAUCCAUAUGUGCCUUGGAGAAUGUGUUAUAAGUGUUCGAAAGAAACUGUCAUGCAGCGGUAAAGCAAGGCCUCCUGCUGUAUACUAAAGAAGAUUUAUUAGGACAUAGCGCGUAAAUAUACUGUAUGUUAUUACAGUAGCGCCUUGCAUAUGAAGCUUACUGUUCAUAAAAGCAGUGUUCAUAAUUAAACAUGACAUCACUACAGGCGACUUCUCAAGUUUUACAUUGAUGUAAAGUUGAUGCUGCUUUUCAUGGUGAACCAACGAUGAAAUGCAUAGUUAUCCAUCUGAACCAGGUAUAGAGUAUACAUAGAAAGAUAUCUACAGCAUUGCCUUAUUAAUGAUGCUGCGUAGCAGCAGCAUGCCACGUAGUCAUGAGGAAAAUGUGUUUUAGUGUACACUCAAACCUCAUUAUAACAAAGUCUCAUCUGCCACGAAAAUAACUUCGUUAUAUGCGCAAAUUUGUUAUAAACGCUUAUUUUUAACACUGUAGCUAUGACAAAGCUAUUCUUCAUUUACUUCGUUAUAACCGAUAACUCGUUAUAUCCGCGUUUGUUAUAACGAGGUUUGAGUGUAUAUCCAUGCGCUACUUAUAAUUAAUAUUUAUUUGUCGUGUUAACAAAAGGCCAUAAGUGGCACCAUAGGAUAAGUACCAUCAACGUGUCUGUUGUACUGCAUCACUAUUUGAUAUCUGUUUAUGUAUUUCAAGUAACUGCCUCUAGUGUGAAAAGUAAAUGUCUGUAAUUGCAUUUAAGGAGGACAUGAAUGUAUGGUCACAUGUUCACACUCGUGCCUUAGGAAAUGUGGUGUCAUAAAAGGUUGUUCAUUCUAAACUUUGGCACAUUGCCUUUAGAUUACUAGAUAGUCAAAUUUCUGUGUGUAAUGUACGGCAAUUUGACAUUGAUGACGUAAAAAUUGUUUGCGAUUAGGUACAUCAUAAAUGGUUCUGGGAGCCAUUUCUUUUGGAAAACCUUGCGUGCAUUCCCGUAAUUCGGUCUGAUCAUAUUUGUGCAAAUAAAACUAAAAAAGGGAUGUGGAAUCUUAGGAAUGCAUAUAAGACCUUUUCUUUGCAGUGACAGUGAUUUUCGACCUGGUUCAUGAAUCUGCUGACAAUCAGGCUUUUUUGAUAAGAGAAUAAAAUUGUUCAAGC